AUGAGCGCUGCAUCAGGGACGUUUAACAUUCUGAAUAAUAUCAUCACAUGUGAUGAUAUUAUUCCCAUCAAAAAUAACAUCAGUAAUGAGGUGUUGGAUGCAGGUAAGGAAUCGCAUCCAGCCGCUCCAGAAGCAGGCGAAGGUAGUGCUCUGACUUCGUCGAGUGAGGAUGCUGACCUGCUGUUCUCCCCCCUUGGCGAUUUAACUUCAGACAAUACAGAUGGAGAGGACGAGGAAGACGAGUACUGCCAUGGCCUACUCUCGCCGGUAUAUUUCCAUGCAGAGUAUCCAAAAAGAUUCCAUCAUAAUAAUCCGAUGAACAGUGAUGCCGGUUCUGUUGUCCAAAAUACGCACUCUAUUACUAAUAAUAUUCAAAACUCGGAGACUGAUACAAAUAGCGAUUUCUGGAAUGAAGUCCCAACAACAGCAGAAGAGGCCGUCGCAUUCGCUAAUAAUGAUGACGAACUAUUAACGAUUAUAAAUAAAAAUAGCGAUAAGGCCAACUGUGUGGAAAGUGAAACAUCGAUACUAUCGAGCCUGGUCACGGAUGGCUUGGAAAAUAUAAAUAACAGUAAUAAUAAAAUUAAAAUUAAAAAUUGGGAUUCGGAUGCUUAUAUAAAACUGUUUUGUUAUAGAAAUAAAACAGGUAAUUUCGAAUUGAAAACCCAAAUCGAUAACCCUGGAACUUCAGGGAUUGGUGCUAAGAAUAAUAAAAUCAAAAAAAUAAAGAACGGUAAAAGAAAGUUUGUAAGAAGAAAGAGUGGUAUUUCUCAAAUGAUUUCUACAAACAUUGGUAUUGGUGAAUUCAUGUUAUGA